GAGCUGAGGUCAUCAAGCAGAGAUUAUACCAGAUUACAGGAGACACUCAUGACUGCUGUAAAUGGAGAGUUCCGAAGAACACCAAAAACGAGUUCUGUGCCAGACACUUCGUUUGCUAAUCCAGCCACAGAACGGACAUAUGCAUCGCAAUUCAAUGCUCUGUAUUCGUUCCGAUCCGGCGAGUUGAAGUCACGGGUGAUGAAGAUGGCAAUGCCGAAAUGGUCUGGAGUUGACGUGAAUGGAACGAAGCCAAAGUUUGUGCCGAAAGUAUUGGACGUUCCGUUUCUAGAGCCGGUGUUCAUUAUUGGCACGACCUUGGCCGACAUGAAGUACAAGCCCGAUGUUUUGAAAGAGGUGGAGUUGAACGUUCAGGGUCAUUUUAAAGAGUUGGAUAAUUUGACUAAUGGUAGUGGAACUAUUCACAACAAGAUGGAUGAUUUGAGGAAAUCGUCAUACAGCGACCCAAAGACUGACAAGCUAUGGUUGGAAGAUGAAAGUGGUAGGAUCUUACUCACUGGUGAUCAUCUGAGCGAUAAGAUUCUCGUGACAGGACUAGUUAUAGGUGUUCUUGGGAUGGAAAUAGAGUCUGGAAUAUUCCAUGUGGUUGACAUCGUGUAUCCAGAGGCUGCUCCUCAGAGGAGUAUUCUUGCCCAUGACAACGCCAAGGGGAAAGUGGCACUCUGCAGUGGUCUCAAUUUCAACGCCUCGUCAGAUGUGGUGAAGUUUGAGCUCCUACAAAACUGGCUUAUGGGAGAAUUGGGUGAUGAUAGGGCGAAGGAAGUGUCUGAACUGAUGGUCGUUGGCAAUUCCGUCAAUAUCGUUCCCGUAAAACAGAAUAUCAAGUCCGAAAAGGAUAAAUACUCCGAUGACUUUGUGUCUCAGUACGACGAGGAAGCAGCCAAAUACGUUGACAACUACUUCCAUGAUCUGUUGCACAGCAUUCCUGUCUCAAUUCUCCCAGGAGCCCACGACAUUGUAGAGGCUGGACUUCCUAAACAACCAAUACACAAGUCGCUUUUCCAUAAAUCGUCAAACCGGAAAAACUUCAAAAGACUAACCGACCCAGCAUACUACGAUAUUAAUGGAUUGCGAUGUCUAGUAUCCUCUGGUGAAAAUAUCAAUGACAUUCUGAAAUAUAUCAUCCCCAACGUUGCUGUGACUGAAGAUCAUAUUGCAGAAUCCAUAUCUACAGAUUCACGACUUCGAGUCAUUGAAGAUUCUUUACUGUGGCAAGUGAUUGCACCAACAGCACCGGAUACACUCUGGUGUUAUCCUUUUGAAGGGCGAGAUCCGUUCACGCUGGUUGAAACUCCUCACGUUUAUAUUGUUGGGAAUCAACCAAAUUUCGAAACCUCCCUUAUCGAGCUCAAAAGAAAAAAUGGUGACAUUAUACCAGUGCGUGUAAUUGCAGUUCCAGAGUUCAGCGAGAGCAAUUCUUGUGUGUUGUUGGAUUUAGAAACACUGAAAUGCGAACUUGUAAGAUUUAGUUGCUAAAUAACAAGAUAUGUACAAGUUUUACUCUAUUAAUUUAUUCUACGAAUUUACUUUUGGGAAAACUCGAUCUUCGCUAAAGGAACAGUACUUCCCUUCUUGAAUAUUGCGUCCUUACCGUAUGUCAAGUCCUUCCCGAUCUCUGCAUAGUCAAUAGUUCUUUUUUCUUUGUCAACUCUCAGUCUAUCAAGAAGCAAAGCCGAAUAUUGGGGUAUGAAGGGUUCUAACAAAAUCAAAAUAACUCUCAAAGAAUCAAGAGCAGUGAAAAUUAUCAGAUCUUGUUUGAGCGUUUUCGAUUCUUUAUCGUUUUCAGCGUCUGACGAUUUUACCUUUAAUGUCCAUGGUUCAUAUGAAUCAAAAAGCCCAUUUAUCAUAGGAG